GUCAGAGUUCAUGGAUCUUGGCCAUGGCCUCAGAAGCAGUGAAAGUGAUUGUGCGUUGCCGCCCUUUGAAUGAACGUGAAAAACAGCUUGGCUGCAAGGUAGUAAUUAAUAUGGACAGUGCCCGUGGCCAGUGCUUCAUCCAGAACCCUAUAGCUGAAGAAGAUCCUCCCAAACAAUUCACUUUUGAUGGGGCAUAUUACAUGAACCACAAUACGGAACAGAUCUAUAAUGAAAUUGCCUACCCGGUGAUAGAGGGUGUUACAGAAGGCUAUAAUGGGACCAUUUUUGCCUAUGGGCAGACAGGCAGUGGGAAAUCUUUUACCAUGCAAGGGAUUCUGGACCCACCUACCCAGAAGGGUAUCAUUCCCAGAGCCUUUGAACAUUUGUUUGAGAGUGUGCAGUGUGCAGAAAACACCAAGUUUUUGGUGAGAGCCUCUUACCUAGAGAUCUAUAAUGAAGAAAUCAGAGACCUCCUGGGUCCAAACACCAAGCAGAAACUGGAGCUGAAAGAACAUCCAGAGAAAGGGGUGUAUGUGAAGGGUCUUUCACAGCACACAGUACAUAGUAUCACGCAGUGCGAGCGCAUCAUGGAGACAGGCUGGAAAAAUCGUGCAGUGGGCUAUACCUUGAUGAACAAGGACUCCUCGCGUUCCCAUUCUAUCUUCACCAUCAAUAUGGAAAUCUACGUUGUAGACGAGAGAGGUCAAGAUCAUCUGAGGGCUUCAAAGCUCAAUCUGGUAGACCUUGCUGGGAGUGAGAGGCAGUCCAAAACUGGAGCUGUUGGUGAGCGCCUCAAAGAGGCCACCAAAAUCAACCUGUCUCUCUCAGCACUUGGCAAUGUGAUCUCAGCCCUGGCAGAUGGAAGAUGCAGGCAUAUCCCUUACCGAGACUCCAAACUGACUCGGGUGCUGCAGGAUUCUCUUGGAGGUAAUACCAAGACACUUAUGGUGGCAUGCUUGUCUCCUGCUGACAACAAUUAUGAUGAGACUCUUAGCAGUUUGCGCUAUGCCCACCGAGCCAAGAACAUCCGCAACAAGCCUCGCAUCAAUGAGGACCCUAAAGAUGCUCUCCUGAGGGAGUACCAGGAGGAAAUCAAGCAUCUGAGAGCUAUCUUGGCUCAGCAGAUGAACCUGAAUAACUUACAAGUGGAAUGUCCUCACUUGUUACCUCCUGAGGCGGUUCAACCUGAGGACAAGCUAGAAGUUGCUCCUGAGUUCCAGGCAGAUGUUGAGAAAGAGAAGCAACUAAUCCGAGAAGAGUAUGAGGAGAAGCUGGCCCAGCUGAAGGCAGAAUAUGAAGCUGAACAAGAAUCUCGUUUCCGGCUUGAGGAAGACAUCAGUGCCUUGAGGAAUGCUUAUGAUCUGAAGUUCCACACUUUGGAAGAGAGUGACAGGAAAGAAGUGGGUACAAGUGGAACAGAAAUGGCAGAGUCAGCUGAAGCUCUUUCUGACCAAGCUCCUUCGCCCCUCAUCCCUGCUGCAGAUAUUGAAUUAUCAGCUAAGGAGUCCAAUAUAGAGGAGUCACCUGCUCCCCUAGUGGACCAGCAGGUGAGGAAAGUUUUCCGACCAGACACACCUGGGACCGAUGUAGUUGAAGAUGUUCUUAUUCCUAUGAACCAGCAGCAAGUACUUGCCAGACUGCAGAUGCUAGAGCAGCAGGUGGUUGGAGGAGAACAGGCCAAGAACAAAGAUCUGAAGGAAAAGCAUACACGUCGGAAGAAAAUUGCAGAUGAACGGAAGCAGCAGCUGCUGGAGGCUCUGCAGAAAUCCGAUGAGGACAGCAGCGACUGGGUCCUACUCAACGUCUAUGACUCUAUCCAGGAGGAAGUGCGAGCCAAAAGUCGAUUGCUGGAAAAGAUCAAGGAAAAGCUGCGGGUAGCUGAGACUGAAAUCAAAGAUCUACAUUCAGAGUUUGAAUUGGAAAGGAUUGAUUAUCUGGCCACCAUCCGCCGCCAGGAGCGGGAACUCCUGCUUUUCCAGCAGCUCCUGGACCAAGUGCAGCCUCUAAUACGACGGGACUGCAGUUAUAGCAAUUUUGAUAAAAUCAAGCGGGAGUCCACCUGGGAUGAGGAAUCGGGCUCCUGGAAAAUCCCAGAGCCUAUUACUCAGAAGACCAGCCUCCCUGCAGCAGUUUCAUCAUUGUCAUUGACUAAGGCGGGCAAGAAGAAUUCAUCAGCAGAGAAUGGGGAGACGGUGACAGUGCCAGAAGAAGACCGCUACAAGAUGAUGCUGAGUAAGAGUGACAGUGAAAAUAUUGCCAGUAAUUACUUCCGCUCAAAACGAGCCAGCCAGAUUCUCAGUGCUGACCCCAGGAAGAGUCUAGUUUCCCACAACUCGCCUCCUUUACUGAACAGCAGCGCUUCCAUGCUGACUUCCAGCCUGAUAUCUAUUCCCUCUGCCCAAACCUUGGAGAUGCCCCAGCCGCGCCCCUUCCGCCUGGAAUCUCUGGACUUCCCCUCCCCUUCAGCCAAGACAAAACGCAAGAAAAGCAGGAACAACCUGAAUGGUGACCCCCUCUGACUGAUGGAGCAGUUGUCUGACCGCUAUUCUCUCUGGCCAAUAACUAGGUCUCCUUCACUGGCAUCCUGUUGGUGGCCACUGCUGAGGUUCCAAGAACCCAAGGCUUUUCUUUCCCAUUUGGGGAGAGUGAAAGCAAUUAAAAGGUGCUUCCCAAAGACCAUUCGUCUGAUCAGCCCUCCAUGUUCAAUUUGGGGCUGGCACCUCGUAUCGCAACCCAUUCCUUUGCUCUUUUGUACUCAUGUGCCCAUGCUUCCUCUCCAAAUCAUUGCUCUACCCAGCAACAUGAAGGGAAAUAGUCCCAGAAGACAUGGAGUGAAAGUUCCUGGCCAUAAGCUUCUCUCCUCCCCCAUCCCACCACCUCCUGCAUUUUUCUUGGAAGUCCCGGAAAGCCGCAAGAUGGUCGAAUACAUCAUUGGCUUACC